CAGGCAGGAUGGACCUCUGACUCAGUGCUGUCAGAGCUGGUGCAGCACCCCCACAGCAGGGCUCUCGUCUGCAGAUACAUGGACUCUAAGACCAGGAGUUUGUCAUCUGCAGUGUGAACGUCCUUCGAGCUCUCAGGCGUGAGCUGAUGAGAAAAACCAAAGAUGACACUUGGAAAGCAGACAACCUGAGGAGACACCUUUGGGCCUGCCUUGCUGGGCUGGCACACAGCUGGGGGUCUGUCCCUGGGUAUGACUGUGAGGGCCUGUCUCCUGCUCAGAACACACCAUCAGGUGGUCCCACAGAGGAGAAGCACAGGGAAUGGAAGCUGUCCAAGGAGUCAGGAGCGGACUCCCCCGGGUGCAGAGAGCACAAGCCCCAGGAGAGGAUGGCUGGACAGGAAGGCCAUGGUGCCAGGGAGCAGGCUCGUGGCGAGCGGCACAGGGACAAGCAACGGGAGAGGAGAAAGGACACCUGCGAGUGGAGCAGAGAGAAGCUGGGAGAGAAGUCCCGGGAGCAGGAUGCAGAAAAGCCCCAGAGCCGAGGAAAAGACAGGGACAGAGGCAAGGAGCCCCGGGCCCAGAGAGCGGAGCUCCGGCAGAUGGCUUCUCCCCACAGCCUGCGGGGCCCGCAGCUCCUGGAGAGAGUGGAGCACAGGGUGCGGUCAGCCACAGUACAGUGACAGUAAAGACAACCCUCUCAAGUACUGGCUUUAUAAGGAAGAAGGUGAGAGAAGCCAUAGGAAGCAGAAAGAGCCAGAUCGAGAAAGGAAGCAUCAAGAAAAAGGCAACACAAGGGAAAGAAGAGAAAAGCAUCCAAAAGAAAAAAGCAGUUCAUUCCCUGACAAGGAAGAAGCAGAGCAGAGCAGAGAGAAACGCCGUAAGGAAGGCUUCCACUUGGGUGAUGAGAGGCACCAGGGCCACACGGACAGACACAGGCCCUUGGGAAAGGAGCACAGGACAGGGGAGCCCAAGGAAAUUGAAAAGGACAACAUUAAUUUAGAAAAUGCUGUAGCUGGAUAUACAGCUAGUUUUGAAGAUGAUUUUGAAGACUAUGAAGAUGACUUUGAGGUUUGUGAUGGAGAGGAUGACGAUAGUGCUAAUGAGCCAGAACCAAAAGAAAAAAUAGAAGAACUUCCUCCAGCCAGAAAAAAGGAGAUACAAGAAAUUCAAAAAGCCAUUAAUGCAGAAAAUGAGAGGAUUGGAGAGUUGUCAUUGAAGCUGUUUCAGAAGCAAGGUCUGAUGGCAGUUACAAGGAAAUCUGAUGCAAGCAGUUCCCCUUCCAGAGCCCCUGUUUGUGGAAUUUUUGUGGAUUUUGCAACAGCCUCACACCGUCAAAAGAGUCGGACUCAGGCCCUGAAGCAAAAGACGCGCAGUCUGAAACUGCUUCGGCUCAUUGACUUAGACUUUUCUGUCACUUUCUCUCUCUUGGACUUGCUGCCAGUAAACGAAUAUGACAUGUGCAUCAGAAACUUUGGGAAAAAGAAUACCGAGCAGGCGUAUGUUCAGUGUAAUGAAGAUAACGUUGAGAGAGACAUUCAGACCGAAGAGGUCGAAGCCCAGGAGGUGUGGACCCAGCACCCGGGAGAAGGCGCUGCUGUGUCUGGGGGGGCUGAGGAUGGCGCCGUCUCUGACACUGUGGCUGCACCCAAGAUUGACACACCAAGGCUGUCCAGCUUCCUCCGGGCCGCCUGCCAGGUGAUUGCAGUUCUGCUGGGAGAAGACCAUGUGGUGGCCGAGCCCCGCUGGAGCCCCGGAGCACAGGGCAGUGUGCUGCCUUUCAGCGACAGCGCUGUGCCGCUGGACACCAGCUUGCCGUUCCUCCAGAGUAAGGAGCUGGCCCAGUGUGUCUUGAAUCCACCACUAGACAUUCAC